UCCCACUGAGAGGGUUCUGCUGGAACGAAAGCAUGCUAUGCCUACUAUCUCCCGGCGAUUGCGCUUCCAGAAAUCAGCAAGGCUUGCAUAUUUAAAUAGUCCAGUAGGAGCGAGGCAAACAGCACUUUGGGAUUUCGAGGAGGGGGGGCCGACGGUGGCGGACGUAGCAGGAACAAACUACAACCCUGUUGUGCUCGACGACGCAGUGUCAAGGAGAGGUUAUCCGCCUCUCAACAGCGGCUGGGAGGAGUGGGGCUGUGGAGGGAGCGAUAGCAUGAUGAACGAAUACCCUUGCUCGCACUAUUACUAUGAUGACUGAGGCAGAGGCAGUUAUAAGCAAGAGAAUGUACAUUAAUGAUUUGUUUUGCCGAAACCAAGGCUCCACAUGCGAACUGCCGAAGUCCAAGAUUAGAAGAUGUCGGUCUGAUCGCUGAUCUUGGCAGUUCAGGACCAACGCGAAUGCUGGUAGAGGCUAGUGCAAAGAAUGAAAUAACAACGAACAUUG